CUCUUCCCCCGCGACAGUCGGUGCUUCUUCUGCACAUCGUCCCCUUCCACAAACUCUCUCUCUUUCUCUCACACGGACACACCCCCAGAGUUCCAGUCAAUACCACCUUUCCAUGGCACCCCUUCUCUAGCUAAGGCUUUGUAUUUCUGCUCUCUCUUUCUCUCUCUCUCUCGAACUCCUAAACCUUAACUCUUGAGAGAGAGGCAGAGAGAUUUUUCACACGCAGAUGGGUCAAGAAAAUUUUACACCUCAGAAAAGAACCAGCUUUCUUCCGACAACAGCCACCGCCAACGGCGUCGUCCGAGGCCGCACAUUGAUCCCACGGGGCCGCCAGAUCCACAAGACCUUCAACAACAUAAAGAUUACGAUCCUCUGCGGGUUCGUCACAAUACUCGUUCUCCGAGGCACCAUCGGCCUCGGCAACCUCAUCUCCUCCGACGCCGAAGUUGAGAACCAAAACCUCAUCGAAGAAACCAAUCGAAUCCUCGACGAGAUCCGAUCUGACAAAGACCCAAAUGAUCCAGAUGACUCCUCAGAACCCGAAUACAUGAGCCUUAACGCCACUUACACUCUGGGACCCAAGAUCACCAAUUGGGACGAAGAAAGAAAGCUUUGGCUCAAUCGAAACCCCGAGUUCCCAAACUUUAUCAAUUUUAAGCCUCGAAUCUUGCUUGUUACUGGGUCAUCACCAGGCCCUUGUGAUAACCCUAUUGGGGAUCACUAUCUAUUGAAGUCUAUCAAGAAUAAAAUUGAUUAUUGUAGGUUACAUGGGAUUGAAAUUGUGUAUAAUAUGGCUCAUUUGGAUAAAGAGCUAGCUGGGUAUUGGGCGAAAUUGCCAUUGAUUAGGAGGUUGAUGCUGUCUCAUCCAGAAGUGGAGUGGAUCUGGUGGAUGGAUAGUGACGCUUUGUUUACUGAUAUGAUGUUUGAAAUUCCGGUUGCAAAGUAUGAUGGCUAUAAUAUGGUUAUUCAUGGGUACCCUGAUUUGUUGUUCAAUCAGAAGUCGUGGGUUUCCGUGAAUACUGGGAGUUUUUUAUUUAGGAAUUGUCAGUGGUCUUUAGAUUUGCUUGACGUUUGGGCUCCAAUGGGGCCGAAGGGGCCGAUAAGGGAUGAGGCUGGGAAGAUUUUGACGGCCAAUUUGAAGGGUAGGCCAGCAUUUGAGGCGGAUGAUCAGUCUGCAUUGAUAUAUUUGUUGAUUUCCAAGAAUGAAUGGAUGAAGAAGGUGUUUCUUGAGAAUUCUUAUUAUUUACAUGGCUAUUGGGCGGGAUUAGUGGACCGUUAUGAAGAGAUGAUUGAGAAGUACCAUCCCGGAUUAGGGGAUGAGAGGUGGCCGUUUGUGACCCAUUUUGUGGGUUGCAAGCCUUGUGGGAGCUAUGGGGAUUACCCAGUUGAAAGGUGCUUGAAGAGUAUGGAGAGGGCCUUCAAUUUUGCAGAUAAUCAGGUGCUUAAGCUAUACGGGUUCAGGCAUAGAGGCUUGUUGAGCCCUAAUAUCAAGAGGAUCAGGAAUGACACUGUUAAUCCUUUGGAGAAUGUAGAUCUGUUUGAUAUACGACAUUCAGUGCAUGGGAGCAAUGGAUCAUAGGGCUAGCCAGUAAAUCAUCUUCAGUGGGUGCAAACCUUGUAUCUUGUUUGUUUCCACGAGAGAAGUAGGGGAGGAAUCUCUUCAGUAAGUUCUUCAGAAUGUUAAGGGUGAAACUUAUGGUUCAAGGUGCUAUAGGGACGACUUCUUGCAGACGCUUUUUGGUAGAAGCUAGAAGCAUGGGGAUGGAUGUUGUUGUUUGUUUUCCUCUUCAUCAUUCCAUAGGAAAGUUUUCUUAGCUUUACAUCUUUUUAGUUGCAUUCUCACCUCAGGGCAAAGUGACAAAAGAAUCAGAUGUACCGAAAAGAAGAUGGAGGGGGAAGAAAGUAAUGGGAUCUUAUUCAAUUAUAGAAGAAUGGCCGAACAGCACCAAGCAAAUAUUGCUGAUAGUCUUAACAUUUCCAAACUUCCAAAUGUAAGCACACUUGUAUGAUUGCAUUAUGUUCAAUGUUUCGUUAUUCUUUGUUAAGCUAUAUAAGAAUUCCUGUCACCAUUUUAAAUUUGCUAGUUAUCAAGUGUUUACGCUCGUUCAAAUAUUUUAUAAUGUCAUUAUGUUGAUUAUUCAGAUAAGGUAGCAUAGCAUCAUCGGUUGGCAAAUUU